UGCUCGGAACUCAUUACUCAACGUACUAAGGACGUCACUUUAAACAGAAUUACUUUGCCCCAUACAUUACAGCGACGACACCAAAUAAAUAACUACUAAACUUUCAACUACAAGUAAUUAUAAAGCACAAAAUAUACUUGUCACUUAUACAUUCACCGACGAAUUAUUAUUAUCACGAGCAAUAAUAUGCACACGUGUGAACCUAACUUACUGCAAACCGUGCGAAUCACGCAAUACAACAGCGCAAAUGCAUCCUUUAUGUGAGGUAAACUAAAGGAAAAACGCCCUCGACGGCGACGUUUCAUUAAUUAACCAAUUAGUAUUUAAUUAAUCUUUUUUAUAUGAGAUAAUCACACGCGUAAUCUUUUUCUCAACAAACACAUAUAAAUAACAGAAGCACAUGAUCACACUCAUCAAAUUCUCUCUCUAACAAAUUAACUAAUCCUCUCUCUCUCUACAAAAAUGCAAGAUCAAGGCUCUCCGGUGUCGUUUUGUCCCAGUUUCAGCAGUUACUCUUCCGCGGCGGAUAUUGCCGCGAAAGUCGUUGAGGAGGAGAAUAUUUUUACUUUGCCGAGAAGUCAAAACGACGACGUAUGCUGCAGUGACGACGACGGCGACGAUGAUUUCGAAUUCGUUUUAGUACGCGAGAACCGUGACGGAAAUCAAACGGCGUUUCCGAUUUUCCCGGUGUUUAAUCAAGAUCUUCUGUUAGAUAACGAGAGUAAGAAUAAUCUGUUAAAAGACGACGUGAUUCGGUUACCGUUAAAGAAGCUGUUUAUUCAAGAUAACGAUCGUGAUUCUCCGUCGUCGUCAUCUUCCUCGGAGGCGGAUGAAUUAGAAGGAAUUACACCGGGAACGUAUUGUGUAUGGACGCCGUCAAAAUCGCCGGCGCAGUCACCGUCUCGGUGUGAAAAAAGUAACUCGACGGGAUCGUCGUCGAAGCGGCAGCACCAGCGGUGGCGGUUGAGAGAUUUAUUGCAUUUAAAAAGAAGUAACAGCGACGGGAAGGAGUCGUUUAUAUUUUUGAAUACCGAUCGUAAGGAUAAGAAAGAGAGUGGCAAAAGUGUAAUAAUAGGGAAAGAGAAGGAGAAAAAAGAGAAAGUAGUGUCGGCACAUGAAGUGUUUUAUGUGAGGAAUAAGGCGUUGAAAGAUGGAGAUAAGACAAAAAGAAGGUCUUAUUUACCGUACAGGCAAGGAUUAGUUGGUUUCUUUGCUAAAGUUAAUUAGAUUGCAAAAUACUAAUAAUUGUUUUUGCAUAUUUAAUUUUUUUUUGAUAUGCUAUAAUUUUACUUGAAAUCAACUAUUGAAAUGUAUAUUUUUAAUAUUAGUUUGUAAAUAUUCAUGUAGUUGUUAAUCUAAUAAUUCCUCCAUCCUAUUUAAUUAUUAAUUUUUAAA